CGCAACGGACGGUCUACCUGUUUCGCCUGCCGUAGGCGUCGCGUAAUCGUCACCGCAGUUGCGUCUUUUUCGCGUCUUGUUCGGACCACGUGGUCGACGAGUUGUUCUGUGUGUUGUCGCCAUAGAAAUACGUAUAGUUGCGUUGCCGUGCUGGUGGUCAUACACCUAUAAUUUUAUAUUAUGCUAUUGGCGUCGCCGCGCGUGAAAGCGUUCGAAAUUAUUAUAUUAUAUUCGUGUGCGUCGUGUAACGUGUUGUCCGAACAACCCCGUGUUUAAACGAGCUCUUCUGUGUGUUGCCGCCACAGAAUCUCACACGGUGUUUUUCGUCACCGGGUGUGACGCGGCGUUCAUUUCAAUAUAAUCACUGUUGCAGCGUACCGGACCACAAGGCCAGAGCUCGAGCGGUGUCGGCAACCACUGCGAACACGCCGGUUAUAAUUUACUGCGCAUACAACUACACAGCUAGUACACAAGUACACUUUAUAUUGCCUAUGUUGAACUCCUUAAACGGACAUGGUUCGAUGUCAGGUGAAAUCAAAAUUCAAAACGACAAUACAUUUGUAGUGUACGACUACCCCGCGCCAAGGUAAACCGAGAAUAAGCCGGUCUGCACUCCGUUUUAUUUUCUGGGAAGUCAUAUCUGACGAGCACGGUAUCGACCCAACUGGGUCAUAUCACGGCGAUUCUGAUUUACAAUUAGAACGUAUCAACGUCUAUUACACUGAAGCGCUUGGCGGUAAGUAUGUUCCUCGAGCAGUUCUUGUGGAUUUGGAACCCGGCACCAUGGACUCUGUAAGGUCGGGUCCAUUCGGUCAAUUGUUUCGGCCAGAUAACUUUGUUUUUGGACAAUCCGGUGCAGGCAAUAAUUGGGCGAAAGGACAUUACACAGAAGGCGCUGAGCUAGUGGAUUCAGUGCUCGAUGUAGUUAGGAAAGAAGCUGAGAGUUGCGACUGCUUACAAGGAUUCCAACUGACCCAUUCGUUGGGCGGCGGAACUGGUUCCGGGAUGGGUACACUUUUGAUAUCGAAAAUUCGUGAAGAAUACCCAGACCGUAUCAUGACUACAUACAGUAUCGUCCCUUCACCAAAAGUAUCCGACACGGUCGUCGAGCCGUACAAUUCUACGCUGUCGGUGCACCAGUUAGUGGAGAACACAGACGAGACCUUUUGCAUCGACAACGAGGCGCUGUACGACAUAUGCUUCCGGACGCUAAAGCUCACGACACCCACAUACGGCGAUCUCAAUCACCUAGUGUCGGCAGCCAUGUGCGGUGUGACCACGUGCUUCCGAUUCCCCGGACAGCUCAACUCGGAUCUCCGGAAACUGGCCGUCAACAUGGUGCCGUUUCCACGGCUGCACUUCUUCAUCACUGGCUUUUCGCCGCUGACGUCCCGUGGCAGCCAACAAUACCGCGCGCUUACCGUGCCCGAACUGGUCCAGCAGAUGUUCGACGCGAAGAACAUGAUGGCUGCGUGCGACCCCCGGCACGGCCGGUACCUGACCGCGGCCAGUAUAUUCCGUGGCCGGAUGUCCAUGAAGGAGGUGGACGAACAGAUGCUCAACGUGCAGACAAAGAACUCCAGCUACUUCGUUGAGUGGAUACCGAACAACACCAAGACGGCCGUGUGCGACAUACCGCCCAGGGGCCUCAAGAUGUCCGCCACGUUCAUUGGCAACACGACCGCCAUCCAGGAGAUUUUCAAGCGCGUAUCCGAACAGUUCACGUCCAUGUUUCGGCGCAAGGCGUUCUUGCACUGGUACACCGGCGAGGGCAUGGACGAGAUGGAGUUUACCGAGGCUGAGUCCAACAUGAACGACCUGGUUUCCGAGUACCAGCAGUACCAGGAGGCGACCAUCGACGAGAAUGACGAAGAGGACGGUGACGAAGACGCUGAUGCGUAAACCCGCGGUCCCUUUCCGCGUGACGCGUCCAAAAAACCUUAUUACACGGCAGAUUAACACGAUUCCUGAAUGUAUUUUUAUUUUUAAUUAUCAAAUUCAAAUUAUAACCGAUUCAACAAAAACCAAAAUCAAUCUAUUUUACGAUCGCUAAACUAUUUUAAUUAUUAA